AUGGCCAGCUUGAUCGCGAUUCUCGACUUGAAGGGGAAGCCUCUAAUACAGCGCUCGUACAAGGACGAUGUGCCGUCGUCGUAUAUCGAGCGCUUCUUACCGCUUGUAUUAGACAUCGAAGAAGAGGGACAGCAAGUAACGCCAUGCUUCUCAAGUCAAGGUAUCAAUUACAUGCACAUUCGACACUCCAAUCUCUACAUAUUGGCUUUAUCGAAGCGCAACUCAAAUGCGGCUGAGAUCAUCAUAUUCCUCCAUCGAUUGACUCAAGUCUUGAUUGAAUACUUCAAGGAGCUCGAGGAGGAGUCUAUCAGAGACAACUUCGUCAUUAUAUAUGAGCUGAUGGAUGAAAUGAUGGACUUUGGGUUCCCGCAGACGACAGAGAGCAAGAUAUUACAAGAGUACAUCACCCAGGAGUCGCACAAGCUUGAGAUCCAAGCACGGCCUCCUAUGGCUGUCACGAAUGCUGUUUCAUGGAGAACAGAGGGUAUAAGGUAUAGGAAGAAUGAAGUGUUCCUGGACGUUAUUGAGAGCGUGAACCUCUUGGUCAAUUCGAACGGCAACGUGGUCCGGUCUGAAAUAUUAGGUGCCGUCAAAAUGAAGUGUUACCUGUCUGGUAUGCCUGAACUGCGACUCGGGCUGAACGACAAGGUCAUGUUUGAAAGCACUGGUAGAACUGCUCGGGGCAAAGCUAUCGAAAUGGAGGACGUCAAGUUCCACCAGUGCGUCCGGCUCUCCAGGUUCGAAAAUGACCGCACAAUAUCGUUCAUACCUCCAGACGGCGAGUUCGAACUCAUGUCUUACCGACUGUCGACGCCCGUUAAACCUCUUAUUUGGGUGGAAGCUGCCGUAGAAAGCCACAAAGGGAGCCGCGUGGAAUAUAUGGUAAAAUGCAAAGCGCAAUUCAAGCGCAGAAGUUCUGCGAAUAAUGUUGAGAUCUAUGUUCCUGUCCCGGAUGAUGCAGAUAGCCCGAAAUUCAGAGCAUCUACAGGCAGUGUGCAGUAUGCUCCUGAUAAGUCUGCAUUCGUCUGGAAGAUCAAGCAGCUCGGAGGUGGCCGGGAAUAUCUAAUGCGUGCUCAUUUCGGUCUUCCGAGCGUUAAAAGCGAACAAGACAUGGAGAAGCGUGCACCCAUCAGUGUGAAGUUUCGAGAUCCCCUAUUUCACGGUGUCUGGUAUCCAAGUUCGCUAUCUGAAGAUUGUAGAAAAGAGCGGAUAUCAAGCCCUGCCUUGGGUCAGGUAUAUAACCCAGAACUGGCGAUGAUUAUAGGUGAGGAGCAUCCAUUUGGCUCUACUUGUGUGAUGUUGACUUGA